CACUCAAUCUUCACUCAUCAUUUCACUCAGAAACUCUCAGACCCCAACAAUGGCUCCCAAGGCAGAGAAGAAGCCGGCAGAGAAGAAGCCCGCGGCGGCGGAGAAGGCACCGGCGGAGAAGAAGCCGAAGGCGGAGAAGAAGAUCUCGAAGGACGCCACCGGCAGCGAGAAGAAGAAGAAGCGCACGAAGAAGAGCGUGGAAACCUACAAGAUCUACAUCUUCAAGGUUCUGAAGCAGGUUCACCCUGACAUUGGAAUCUCCAGCAAGGCCAUGGGGAUCAUGAACAGCUUCAUCAACGACAUCUUCGAGAAGCUUGCUCAGGAAUCUUCCAGGCUCGCCAGGUACAACAAGAAGCCUACCAUAACCUCUCGUGAGAUCCAGACUGCAGUGCGUUUGGUUCUUCCUGGUGAAUUGGCUAAGCAUGCUGUUUCUGAAGGGACUAAGGCUGUGACGAAAUUCACCAGUUCUUAGAUUUUAGGGUUUAGAUCUAGGUUUUGCAUUGAGCUUCUUUUUGAUGAAUUGAAAUGUAGAUCUGGUUUUUAUGGAAGCUCUUGUUUGGAAUAAUCAUCGUAUAUUUGUGCUUGAUUGAAUUUUUGUUAUAAUGAAAAAUUUGACGGUGGAAUUUGAUUU